GGAGGGAGAGGGGGGUGUGGAGCCAGCCAGGCCGCCUGUUCCCACAGCCGUGAGCUGAGCGUGCUGCCAUGGCGCUGGCCAGGCCCGGGACCCUGGCCCCCAGGCCCCCGGCCCCUCUUCUGCUGCAGCUGCUGCUCUUGAGUCCUGCCCUGGCCCUCCUGGGUGGAACGGUGCCAUCGGAGACCCCAAGUGUCUGUGCCUCAGACCCGUGCGCUCCAGGGGCCGAGUGCCAGGCUAUGGAGAAUGGUGGCUACACCUGUGGGCCCACGGAGCCCCGGGGCUGUGCCAGCCAGCCAUGCCACCAUGGCGCUCUGUGUGUGCCCCAGGGCCCAGAUCCCGAUGGCUUCCGCUGCUACUGCGUGCCCGGAUUCCAGGGCCCACGCUGUGAGCUGGACAUUGACGAGUGUGCAUCCCGGCCCUGCCACCACGGGGCCACCUGUCGCAACCUGGCUGAUCACUAUGAGUGCCACUGCCCCCUUGGCUAUGCAGGGGUGACCUGCGAGACGGAGGUGGACGAGUGUGCCUCGGGGCCCUGCCUGCACGGGGGCUCGUGCCUGGACGGCGUGGGCUCCUACCGCUGCGUGUGCGCGCCGGGCUACGGGGGCGCGAGCUGCCAGCUGGACCUGGACGAGUGCCAGAGCCAGCCGUGCGCGCACGGGGGCCGGUGCCACGACCUGGUCAACGGGUUCCGGUGCGACUGCGCGGACACGGGCUACGAGGGCGCGCGCUGCGAGCAGGAGGUGCUGGAGUGCGCGUCGGCUCCCUGCGCGAACAACGCGUCCUGCCUCGAGGGCCUCGGGACCUUCCGCUGCCUCUGCUGGCCAGGCUACAGUGGCCAGCGGUGCGAGGUGGACGAGGACGAGUGUGCGUCGGGCCCCUGCCAGCAUGGGGGACAGUGCCUGCAGCGCUCAGACCCAGCCCUCUACGGAGGCGUCCAGGCUGCCUUCCCCGGCACCUUCAGCUUCCGACACGCUGAGGGUUUCCUAUGCCGCUGCCCUCCGGGCUUUGAGGGGGACGAAUGUGACGUGGAUGUGGACGAGUGUGCCUCACGGCCAUGCCUCAGUGGAGGCCGCUGCCAGGACCUGCCCAAUGGCUUCCAGUGCCACUGUCCGGAUGGCUACACAGGCCUGACGUGUCAGGAAGAUGUGGACGAAUGCCUGUCGGAGCCCUGCCUCCAUGGCGGGACCUGUGAUAACACCGUGGCAGGCUAUACCUGCUGGUGCCCGGAGACCUGGGGCGGGCACGACUGCUCUGUGCAGCUCACCGGCUGCCAGGGCCACACUUGCCCACCCGCUGCCACCUGCAUCCCCAUCUUCAAGUCUGGGCUCCAUAGCUAUGCCUGCCGCUGCCCACCUGGUACCCACGGACCUUUUUGUGGCCAGAACACCACCUUCUCUGUGGUGGCGGGGAGCCCUGUGCGGGCCUCGGUGCCAGCUGGAGGUCCCCCGGGUCUGGCACUGAGGUUUCGCACCACACUACCUGCCGGUGCCUUGGCCACUCGCACUGACACUCAGGACAGCUUGGAGCUGGCACUGGCGGGGGGCACGCUUCAGGCCACACUCUGGAGCCAUGGCAACGCCACCGUGCUUCCCCUGGGGCCGCUGGACCUGGCCCUAAAUGAUGGCCAUUGGCACCAAGCCGAGAUUUCGCUCCGCCCGGGGGUCCUGGAGCUGCGGCUCUGGCAUGAGGACUGCCCUGCCCGGCUGUGUGUGGCUUCCAGUCCUGUGGCCCCAGCUCCCGUGGCUUCCGCGGCCCCGACGCCUACCAGGUUCUGCUCCGUCCAGCUGGGUGGCACAGCCUUCGAAGGCUGCCUCCAGGACGUGCGUGUGGACGGUCACCUCCUGCUGCCUGAGGAUCUCGGCAAGAAUGUCCUCCUGGGCUGCGAGCGCCGUGAACAGUGUCAGCCUUCGCCUUGUGCCCAUGGAGGGGCCUGUGUGGACCUGUGGACUCACUUCCACUGCAAAUGCCCCCGACCCUACAGUGGUCCUACGUGUGCUGAUGAGGUUCCUGCUGCCACCUUUGGCUUGGGGGGCACCCUGAGCUCUGCCUCCUUCUUGCUCCACCAGCUGCCAGGCCCCAACCUCACCGUGUCCUUCCUCCUCCGUACUCGGGAACCUGCUGGCCUGCUGCUCCAACUUGCCAAUGACUCAGUAGCUGGGCUAACAGUAUUCCUGAGCAAGGGCCAGAUCCAGGCUGAGGUGCUGGGCGGGCCCGCUCUGGUGCUCCCUGGGCGCUGGGAUGAUGGGCUCCGCCACCUGGUGACGCUCAGCUUCGGGCCUGACCAGCUGCAGGGCUUGGGGCAGGAGGUGCACGUGGGCGGGAGGCUCCUCCCUGCGGACGCCCAGCCCUGGGGUGGGCCCUUCCGAGGCUGCCUCCAGGACCUGCGACUCAAUGACCUCCACCUCCCAUUCUUUCCGCCGCUGCCGGGGAACUCAAGCCAGCCCGGUGAGCUGGGCAGCAGGCAGUCCUGGAACCUCACCAUGGGCUGCGUCUCCGAGGACACAUGCAGUCCUGACCCCUGUCUCAAUGGUGGAAUGUGUCUCGUCACCUGGAAUGACUUCCACUGCACCUGCCCUGUCAACUUCACGGGGCCAACAUGUGCCCAGCGGCUGUGGUGUCCUGGCCAGCCCUGCCUCCCGCCUGCCACCUGCGAGGAAGUCCCCGAUGGCUUUGUCUGUGUGGCCGAAGCCACGUUCCGCGAGGGUCCCGCCGUCGCUUUCAGCGGGCACAACGCGUCGUCGGGGCGCUCUCUCAGCGGCCUCUCGCUGGCCUUCCGCACGCGUGACUCCGAGGCCGCUCUGCUGCGCGCCGCCGCGGGCGCCCACACCGUCUGGCUGGCCGUGCGCAACGGCUCCCUGGCGGCGGGCGUGCGCAGCGGCCGCGGCCAGCCCGGGGCGGUGCUGCCGGCGUCGGGGCCGCGCGUGGCCGACGGCGCCUGGCACCGCGUGCGCCUCGCCAUGGAGCGCCCGGAGGCCGCCGCGUCGCGCUGGCUGCUGUGGCUGGACGGUGCGGCGACGCCCGUGGCGCUGCGCGGCCUGGCCGGCGACCUGGGCUUCCUGCGCGGUCCGGGCGCCGCGCUCGUCCAGCUGGCCGAGAACUUCACCGGCUGCCUGGGUCGCGUGGCCGUGGGCGGCCUCCCGCUGCCCCUGGCGUCCCCGCGGCCCGGCGGCCCCGGCUCGCGGGAGCACUUCUCGGCCUGGCCCGGGGCGCCGGCCCCGCGCCUCGGCUGCCACGGCGCGCGCGUGUGUGUCCCCUCGCCCUGCCUGCACGGCGGCGGCUGCCGAGACCUCUUCGACGCCUUCGCCUGCGCCUGCGGCCCGGGCUGGGAGGGCCCGCGCUGCGAGGCCCGCGCCGACCCGUGUCGCUCGGCGCCCUGUGCUCGAGGCCGCUGCCACUCGCGCCCCGACGGCAGUUUCGAGUGCCGCUGCCCGCCUGGCUUCGUGGGCCCGCGCUGCAGACUGCCUGUCCUGCCAGAGGCGUGCAGCUUGAACUUCACCUGCCUCAAUGGUGGCCCCUGUGAGGGUGGGCCCCGGGCUGCCAACUGCAGCUGCCAGGAGGGCUUUGCUGGCCAGAGAUGUCAGAUCCCCUGUGAAGCCAACCCCUGCUUGAACGGGGGCACCUGCCGGGCAGCCGGCGGGGUGUAUGAAUGUAUCUGCAGUGCGAGGUUCUCAGGCCAGUUCUGUGAAGUGGUGAAGAGCCUGCCGCUGCCACUGCCGUUCCCGCUGCUGGAGGUGGCGGUGCCCGCGGCCUGCGCCUGCCUCCUCCUCCUCCUCCUGGGCCUCCUCUCAGGGAUCCUGGCGGCCAGGAAGCGCCGCCAGUCAGAGGGCACCUACAGCCCGAGCCAGCAGGAGGUGGCUGGGGCCCGGCUGGAGAUGGACAGUGUCCUCAAGGUGCCGCCCGAGGAGAGACUCAUCUAGGCCUGCCUGGCUGCGGGCUCUGGCACCUGCGAGGUGCGUCUACCGAGGACCCAAGGAAGCCGCUUCCAGGAGCCUGCGGGGAAGUGGCUGGCCUCUUACCAGCCUUGGGGAGCUGCCGGAGAGCCUGGGAGACCUGCUGGGCAAGUGUCACCUUUGCCGGCAGCCCCUGCCUGCGCCCCAUUUGUGGACGGGAGAGGGGAGCACCGCGGGAAGCACUCAGGGAAGCAGGCCUUACUCAGGCCUGGUAAGGCCGUGGGCGUCUCCAUCGGGACCUGCCAGCUCUUGCCCCGGCAGGCGGACUGCUGUGCCGGGGAGGGGCACACGCAGGUGCACACGGUGCGUUCAGAAGUGCGUGUGGGCACGUACCUGGGGACUGCUGAUCUGCAGAUGCCAGUGAGAGUGUUCUGGAUGGGGCUCGUGGGCCUGUCCGUGCCUUUGCUGUGGGCGUGCGGGACCGUGUAGUGGAUGCAGGCCCCACAGAGGUGCGGCUGGGCAGCGGGGAUACCCUUCGCAGCCCUGGGGCAGGGGCAGUACGUGUUCUUCGGGAGGCCAGGCCAAGGCUUGCCCAGGGGCCGAGAGCCCCCCAGCUCUGGCGUCUUCUCCCAUGUCUGAGGCUGUCCCCAACCUGGAGGCAACUGGGAAACCGGAAGGAGGGUGGUCAUCAGCCAGCGGCCCCUGGCUCCCAGGACAAACGCUCCUUCCGGCAGCUGUGUGGCAGAGUUGGACCAGAGCCAGGGCGGAUCUGCGGGAGCAGAGGACGGGCUGCCCCCAGCCGUCCCACCUUGCGGCCUCCGCCUACCUCACGGCGCUGUGGUGAGGAUCAGUGGAUGACAGCGGGGAAAGAGCCCGGGACGGUGUGCGCUACUGGGUUGUCUGGGUCACCCUUUUAGCUUUCAGGAAGGGUUGUCCCUCUGGCUGGAGCCGAGAGAAAGUUGGGGGUAGGCUUUCCUGGGGCCUGCAAGCGGGCCAGAGGAUAAAGGAGCAAAACUUCUGCCUCCCCCCCGCACCCCACCCCCCUGCCACGUCCCGCCUGACCACCUCUGGUUCUCCAGGGCCAGCACUCCCCAGUCACAGCUGCCUGGCGAGGCCACUCCUUCACCUACAGACCAGUCAUCUCUCUAAAUGGCUGGGGGGCAGGGGGGAGGUGGAUUCAGGACUCACAGGAAGUCCUCCGAGUUGUUUGCUGAACUCAGCAAAUGUUGGCAUGGCCUCUUUGUGUCGGGGCUGGUCCUGCAGACACAGACACAGACACAGAGGAAGAAUGUGCUGCUUUCCUUCCAGUCGGUCCCUUCCCUGGUAAUGCCAUCACACUGAUCCCAGAGGAGCACCCGCCCUCCCGGCACCCAGUGCCGGGCCUCCUCCCAGCCCCAUGGAGUCCCUUUGUCCCUGACCUGGAGACAUGCCCUUCUGUCCCUCCUGUUUCCUUGGCCAGCACCUCCUGUGCCAAGGCCAGGGGACCCCUUCCCAGUUUUAGAUUGGCGGUUGACUUCCCUGGCUCCCCUCGGGGUCUCAGGCAGCUUCCAGAGGCACAGGAUCAAAUCUGUGGGAGAACCACGUGGUGAUGAGGGAUAAGGGAGCAUGUGGGCGGCUCAGACUGAGGGGUUCAGCUGAGGCUGGGACAGGAAGGGCCCUGAACGCUAGGGUAAGGGGCUUGAUGAGUCCUUAUCCUGUAGGAGGUGGGACCUUUCCCCCUUCUCCACUAGGACUCCUGGGAAGGUGGGGGAGGAAACAUCUGGUACCAGCACUUUAGCCACAGCUGGUGCUUUGGUUAUUUACUUUAUUAAAUCAGGGAUUUGACAAACCUGUGUCCUUGCAGACUCCUAAGACACACGGAACCCCAAUAAAUAAAAGUGCCACUUUUUGGGGA